CCCCGCGUACGGCUGCAUAAAUCACUAGCGAUUGAGCCCCGAGCCUCCAGAGCUCGCGGGUUUCUACGUCGACAGCGUUUACGGCUGCCCCGCGCUGCCCUGCGGCGACAGACGAUGGCUCCGUGAUUCAUGGGGCGCCGCAGCACCAAUGCGGGGCUGCCGCGCGUCGCCCUGGCGCUGGGCCUGUGCGCACUGCUCACGCUCCUGGCACCCCUGCUGCUCGGACGCGACGCGCCGCCGCGCAUCGACGCCCACGAGUUGGCGCGCGUCGUGGAUCGACAGAACCGGACCAUCGCGCGGUUGCAGGAGCAGCUCCGACGGCCGGCCGCGCCGCCGCCGCGGCGCGCCGACGCGAGCCGCGAGCCACAGCGCGCUCCGCCGCCGCCGCGCCGCGUCGACCGCGCACCGCAACGCCCCGCGCCGGCGCCUGGACGAAACGACGCCUGGCGCCCGGUAGAAAUCACAAAAGACGACUGGGUCGUCUACCUGCGGGCCCAGAAGACGGGCUCGCAGACGCUCUGGACGACGCUGUUGGACGUUUUUGAUGGAGGCGCCUGGGGCCCGCGGCGGUGCGUGCGGGGGCCCUUCUGCGGCCACCGGUGCGAGAACGUCCUCAGGGACGCGUUCAUAAAAGCGUCGAAGGAGCGCAAGUGCCACCUCUUCGUGCGGGCCCACGCGAACCUCCAUGAUUAUCAGCGGGCCUUCGAGAGCGUCAACAGGAACGGGAGGGUCCACUACCUGGCCUUCCUGCGGGACCCCGUCAAACGCGCGCUCAGCGAGCACGACCACAUCACGAACGGCCUCGUGGCCCAGUUCGGGCCGCACGUCUUCGGGAAGGCGUGGGACUACGACUUCACGGACCGGACCAGGGCGUCUUUGUCAGAUUGGUUGAUGUGUACAGCGUGCCGCGUGGGCGCCUCGAACCGGCAGGCGCGGUUCCUGGCGGGCCUGGCGACGACCGGCGAACUCGCCGAGGGCGAGGGCACGGCAGCCGGCGACGCGCGCCUCUACGACGCCGCCUCCCAAAAUUUGCGGGCGUGCGUCUUCGUGGGCGUCCUCGACCGCUUCGAUGAGUCCAUGCUGCUGCUCAAGGAGACGUUCCCCGGGCCGCUUCGCAACUUCCGGAGCUUCGCGGACGCGCCGCACCCGAAGCUCGGCCGGCGGCGCGCGCCGGACGCGGCGGCGCUCGCGCGCCUCCGGGAGCUCAACGCCGUCGACCAGCGCCUCUACGACGAGGCGAAGGUCCUGUUCGACGCGCGCUUCGCGGGCAUGCUCGCCGCGACGGCUACGUCGCAGCGGUUCCGGAAGCGCGGGGGGCGGUAUGUACUAAGCUAA